UGGAGCGAUGACGUCACACGGCCGCUGCUUCGGAAACCCGCGCCGCUCUUUGUGUAGUAGUUCCGUGGCCAUCGAUGCGCAACGGACACACAUUACGUCAGCUCAUAAUUUCUGCCCCACAUUUAAUAUUUUUGGGACAUUUUGGACACGCGCUCGACUCCACCCGAGGGGGCGCGUUACGAACACAGGCUGACCGCCAGCGACGUCUCGACCGAGAGAGAUAAUAUCUCACCUGUCAGCCCUCAAGCGACCACCUGUGGAUGCUGUGAUAAGUUUCUCCAGAGCGUCCUACGUCAGGAUGAACGGGCGGACGGAUGCUCCUCAGGACCGGGGCUGCCUCGUGGGGAUCUGCUUCUUCAUCCUGGGCCUGGGAACGCUGCUGCCGUGGAACUUCUUCAUGACGGCCUUAUCGUAUUUCCAAAGUCGCCUCAACACGACGGAAUGGAGCAACGGCACGGCGACGGCCCCGACGGAGUACUACUUCAACAACUGGAUGACGCUGCUGUCCCAGCUGCCCCUGCUGGUGUUCACCCUGCUGAACUCCUUCCUCUACCAGAGGGUGUCGGAGGCGAUCCGCGUGGCGGGCAGCCUGGUCUUCAUCCUGCUGCUCUUCCUCCUCACGGUGGUGCUGGUCAAAGUGCCCAUGGACUCGGACCGCUUCUUCUCCGUCACCAUGGCAACGAUCUGGUUCAUCAACUCGUUCAGUGCCGUGCUGCAGGGAAGCCUGUUCGGCCUGGUGGGUCUCCUCCCUCAGAAGUUCAGCGCCAUCUUCAUGAGCGGCCAGGGCCUCGCCGGGACCUUCGCCGCCAUCGCCAUGCUGCUCGCCAUCGCCAGCGAUGCAGAAUUUGACACGGCGGCGCUCGGCUACUUCAUCACGCCGUGCGUGGGCACGCUGGUCACCCUCUUCAGCUACCUGCUGCUGCCCCGCCUGGAGUUUGCCCGAUAUUAUCUGAAGAAGAGCAACAAGUACGAGGCGGGCGCCACGGACGAGCUGCUGAAAGAGAGCUGCAUCUCGGAGGAGAAGCCGAAAGACCACGCCAACGGCUCGGCGGCCGGCGGUGCGGCCGAGGCCGAGGUGGACCCCGGCCCAGAGGGGCACAAGGCCGCCUUCCUGUCCCUGGAGCAGGUGGAGAAGGGUCAAGCCAAGGCCUCGGUCAUGGAGGUCUACAAGAAGAUCCGGGUGAUGGCGUUCUGCGUGACGUUCGUGUUCACCGUCACGCUGUCCGUCUUCCCGGCCGUCACCGCAGACGUCAGGACCUCCUUCACGGGGAAAUGGGAGCGCUUCUUCAUCUCCGUCUGCUGCUUCUUGGUUUUCAACAUCAGCGACUGGUUCGGCCGCAGCGUCACCACCCUGGUCCAAUGGCCGCCCAAGGAGUCCCGUCUGUUCCCGCUGCUCGUGGUGAGCCGCCUGGCGUUCGUUCCGCUGCUGAUGCUCUGCAACGUGCAGAAGCGCUCCUUCCUGCCCGUCCUGUUCAGCCACGACGCCGCCUUCGCCGUCAUCAUGACGCUCUUCGCUCUGUCCAGCGGUUACUUUGUGUGUCUGUCCAUGUCCUACGCGCCGCAGUUGGUGGAGCAGAAGGACGCAGAGACAGCCGGAGCCCUGAUGACCUUCUUCUUGUCCCUGGGUCUGUCCAUAGGAGCCGCCCUGUCCUUCCCUUUGAGGGCUCUGGUGUAGACACACACACACACACACACACACACCUAGCAUCACGGUGACGCUGUGCACUCGGCUCGUGACGUGGUGUUCAAGGUUCCCUUUGAAAACGGGAAUAAGGGAACUCUGUGUUGCUCUGACUGGUUACUGCUCUUAAAAAAAAAAUGUUUUGGGGGUGUUUCUUAAUUUUUAGACGUAUUUAUGUUUAAUUUAGGUUUGUUGUAGGUUGUUUUUGUGCAUUGUCAUAUAUAUAUAUUUUGUUAUCCGAUUGGACUGAAUUAAUAUUUUUGUACGAUUUUAAUUAAAUUUGCUAUUUUUAUGUAUUUUUAUUUAGUUUAUUCUAAUGAAAUAUCUCUGAGUCACAGAUGUAGAACAAAAGAAAAAGGUCAAAGACCUGCCUCUAGGGAUUAUGGGUAACUGACCCCUGACUCAGAGUCAAUCCAAUAAUCAUGAAGACGCCGCGCACACACACACACACACACGUGUUUGUGUUUGUGUGUGUGUGUGUGCGGUCGUCUCUUUCACACUUUCUCCUCCAUUGUUUAAUAAUGUGCCCUCUUUGAGACAUUCCUCGGUUCCCCGGUCCCUCGGCCUCGAUGCUGCCCUCUACUGGCCAAAAGGCAGAAGCCCUCCAGAGCUUCAGUUCAUCUCAUUUCCUGUUUUAUUUGCUACAGAUACUUUCACGUUAAUGAUCCAAUGCAGCGUAUCGCAGCAUUUUUAUCUCCUGCUCGUCCCUUUUUUUAUUUUUAAUUAUCCUGAUUUCCUCUGCUGACCAAUCACAGAGGGCCGUCGUGAUGUCCACGAUACGACCGGCCGGCGUAAGACGUCGGCACAUUGAAGCGUGACCGCGUUCUUCUGUCGGCACGCCGCUAUGACGCAACUCUUCAUUUAACCCUUUAAACUGCGGCUGUCACUGAAUGUUUAAAUGUCGGGAUGCUGCUGGACGCCAUAAUCAAGAGUAUUGAUCAGAUAUUGUAUUGAUCAGAUAUCGUAUUGGACAUUCGACUCUGUUAGUGUUGUCUAAUUGACAUGUGUAACUGUGCCACGCUGCAUUCAAGUACAUCCUUUGUUUUGUUGGGGCUGUUUUUCUCAUUCUGGCUCCAGAUUUAUUUUUGGGAACAAUGCGAUGUAUUUAUGCUUCUUAAGUAACGGGUUUAUUUCAUGACUGAAUCUGGAUGUUUACUGAGGUGUACGUGUUCAUGACGGGCCGAGUCCGACUCGAGGUGACGCGUUCACACGACUCUUUUUAUAUUUAGUUUUUUUUACAGCUAUAACUUGCUUUUGUGCUGCUUCAUAUUUUGCGGGGCCCGUGUGUUUCUGUUUGAUGACGUGUUUUCACUUGAACCUGAACCGUGUGGCGCUCUGCACGAAGCUGGAAGGAACCACGCUCCCCAACGGCCUGUGAACGCAGCACCAGAAGAAGGAGCCACACUCUAGUUCCCGUCUAGGGAACGCGGGUCGGGCUCUGAGGCCCGCUUUCAAGGCUCCGCGCUGCGUUCAGGUCGCACUGGACUGACUGUAAAUGCAGACGUCUAUCCGGACCUCGUGGCAACGACAUCAGAGUCGGACUGUCGUGUUUCCUCUGGUGGAAUAUUGAUGAACACACCGCACCGCGGGCAGAACAAAGGGAACUCGUGCACAACGCUGCUUCAUAGACUUGGCUGUCAAUAAACGGAUGGGGUCAA